AUGUUGUCUCUAACUCUGGAAGCCCAGCUAGAGGGCGUGACUGCCCUCCAGCCCACCGACACAGAGGAAAACCCUUACUACUACACCUUCCGCGUGUCAUGCACUUCUUGCCAUGAGACGCACCCGAACUGGGUUUCUUUCAAUCGUUUUGAAACGCAUGAGAUCCCUGGUAGUCGGGGCGAGGCUAACUUUGUGUGGAAGUGUCGCCUUUGCACUAAAACCCAUUCGGCAUCCAUUCUCAACGCACCCAAGGCCUACGAAGCUCAGGAGAAGCGUAACUCCCAGAAGAUCAUCGAGAUGGACUGCCGUGGCCUCGAGUUCGUCGAGUUCAAGCCUGACGGCGAUUGGGAAGCCAAGGCUGUCGAGUCUACCACUACCUUCUCAGGUAUUGACCUUCUCGAAGGCGAGUGGUAUGACUAUGACGAGAAGAAGGGCGAGGAGGUUAGCAUCAAGGAGCUGACCUGGAAGGUUAGCCGCUAG